AUGUUGUCCGCAGAGAAAGCAGCAUUGUCUCCCUUAACCUGGCGACGCGUACCGUCGACGUUGGUCGCGCUGUUUGGUAUCACAGUCCCCUAUCAGCCUCCCAACAGUCUCCUUGGGGCUUUCCUCUGGCGUAAACGCAUGCUCAUCGAGUGCACGUUUGGAUUGACGGUAUUAGAAUCAUGGGAGAAGGCUCUGCUGUUAUGCUUGAUCUAUCUCAUCCUCACGCUGAUCAUUACGGGUCUAUACAAGUAUGCACCUCAGUACGCUGUUUUCGUCAAGCAGCGAACAGCAUACUAUCUUUUUGGCCCUCAGUUUCAGGGAGGUGACAGAGGCGAGGUGGCUGAAUGGGUUGUACGCAAUAUCACGGAAGCAUUUUGA